CGCGUCGAGUCCCGUCGCGGCGCAUCUUUCCGAGGUCCGUCUCCCUUGGGACCGAUCUCGAGCGGGCCGAAAGAUCGCUCGCUGGUCCGCCGGAAAAUCGGAAUUCGCGUAGGUGUUAAAAAAACUAUACAUAUAUUUCUUUACUUUAAUUUUCCCCAUUGGUGACAUGGACUUCGACUUGAAGACUAGUGUUGACCUAAGCGAACGAUUUUUUUGAGAAUGAUCUUUGAUCGCGGCUCUCGGCUCGAUCACGCGUGAUCGCGCACGUCGUCGGAGACCACGUCGGACACAGUUAAUCGCGAUAUGCGCGAUCGUCAACCAGCCCACGCGUGUGUCGCAGAUCUGUUAACACGAAUUACAUUUGCGAGCGACUCGUGUUAGUUAUGGAAUUAUAUUAAACUGCUGUUUGUUUAAACAGGCGGUGGAAUGAUCGCGACGGCUUGGGAAAAUCCUUCGAAAUCGACCAAGGAUCAUGCGUAUUAGAUGCGCAAAUAUCGACGAAACCGCGAGUUAAAAGGAUAAUCCAGGAUAGUGUUGAACAAAGAAUUAGUUCAGAAAUAGGAAGCUGCGAGUUUCUUACCCAGGAUGUUCGCACCGCUGUUGCUGACGACUUGGAUCGUCUUGGCAUCGCAAUUUGUCCAGGAUGGGUUAGCAACUGGGCAACGUUAUGCAACUCCAAGUCCAACCCAAGAUCUAGACAACACUUUGCAAUCUGUGCCACCCCUGGGACCAAACGUGUGCAGAUCAAGGUACAAAAAUUAUUGCUGUCCAGGAUGGUCGAAGAAACCGGAAACAGGCCUGUGCGUCAUUCCGAUUUGCGCAAGACGCUGCGGUCCUCUUGGGAGAUGCAUAAGGCCUAAUAUUUGUUUAUGUGAGGGCGGCGUCGUUGCUUCCUCCUGUGGCAACGGUCAAAGUAAAGUCAUCGCGCAGGAAAACGGAAAUGGUAGCGAUCGCGGUGAGACUGGCAGAUGUAGGGUUCACUGCAUAAACGGAAACUGCGUCGACGGCCGAUGCCAAUGUCGCAGCGGAUACCAAGGAGAAUUUUGCAAUGAACCAAUUUGUCGUGAGCCCUGCUUAAAUCAGGGAAGAUGCAUUGGUCCAGAUCGCUGCGCCUGCAUCUACGGUUACACCGGAAGACGUUGCGAAACCGAUUACAGGACUGGACCCUGUUUCACCAAAGUAAAAAAUGGCCAAUGCUUGGCGAGCCUUCAAGGGGUAGUUUGCACGCGGCAGUUGUGCUGCGCCACCGUGGGCAAGGGCUGGGGCCACCCUUGCGAGAGGUGUCCUGCUAGACUGGAUUGUGAAUUAGGUUACUUGAAGACUAAUCAAGGUCAAUGCGUCGAUAUCAACGAGUGCGAAGCGAUUCCCGGACUUUGCCAGGGCGGAAAGUGUCUCAACACCCCCGGCUCGUUUAUUUGUGAGUGUCCCGCGGGACAAGCGAGAGAUCCCGAAACCAACGAGUGCAAAGACAGGGACGAGUGUCAGGAGGAAGGCAUCUGCGCCGACGGCCGAUGUAUAAAUACGAAUGGCGGUUAUUACUGUCACUGUAAUCCAGGAUUUAUACAGAGUCAGGAUCGCAAAUUCUGCAUCGAUGGCAGACAGGGAUUGUGUUACACGGCGGUGAAUCGUAACGGACAGUGUAAGAAUCGGCUUGCGAUGCGAUUGAGUAAAAAAGAUUGCUGCUGUGGCAAGAAUAUGGGUCGAGGAUGGGGUGAUGAGUGCUUCAUCUGUCCCAAUCCUGGCAGUGACGAUUACAACAGGCUUUGCUCACAACUGCAGUCGAUCACCGAAGUAAACGAGUGUGCCUUGCGGCCAGACAUUUGCGGCGAUGGAAAAUGCAUUGACACCAAGGAAGGUUAUGAGUGCGAGUGCUAUCCGGGUUUUGCGAAAAAACCCGGCGGCAGAUGCGAGGACGUGGACGAGUGUCAAUUAGAUUAUUGCCAGGGCGGAACCUGCCGCAACUAUCCCGGCAGCUUCGCCUGCGACUGUCCGCCUGGCUUCGUUGUUUCCGGCGAGGGCAGAUACUGCACCGAUCACGACGAAUGCCAAGAUACAGGCAUGUGCACCAACGGACACUGCAUCAAUAUGAAUGGAUCCUUUAAAUGCAAAUGCAAUGACGGUUACACGCUGUCGCCGACGAGGAAUACUUGUAUAGACAUAAACGAGUGUAUAGAAAAUCCGAGGAUCUGUCUAAACGGCCGCUGUGAGAACACGCCAGGAUCCUAUCAUUGUAUCUGUCAAUCAGGCUUCACUCCUUCAAGGGACAAUACGUUCUGCGUGGACAUGGACGAAUGCUCCACCAGUGGGAUGUGCGAGAACGGCAAAUGCGUCAAUAUGGAGGGCUCCUUCAAGUGCGUGUGCGACUCCGGCUUCAGGAUUGGUCCCGAUCUAAGCCACUGCAUCGAUAUCGACGAAUGUGUCAAUUUACCUUGUCAAAAUGGACGCUGCAUCAACACGCCUGGUAGUUUCCGAUGUGAGUGCCAUCCGGGAUUCAAUCUAGGUCCUGAUGGAAGAUCUUGUCUAGAUACGAGAAGAGAUCUGUGCUAUUCGCAGUACAGAGACGGCCAAUGCUCCAACCCAACGUCCACCGCCGUGACAAAAUCCAGUUGUUGCUGUUGCACGGUGAUCUUGGGCCAACCGUUGGGCUGGGGUAGCACCUGCCAACCUUGUCCACUUCCGGACACUCCAGAAUUCGAAGCUUUAUGUCCGCAUGGCGCCGGAAUGACCUACAACGGCGACGACAUCAACGAGUGUGCUCAGAACCCCAAUAUCUGUAUCAAUGGCGGAUGCGAAAAUCUCAUGGGAACAUAUCGAUGUAUCUGCGACAAUGGAUACGAAGUGGAUGCAACGGGGAAGAUAUGUAGUGACAUCAAUGAGUGUGAGUUAGAAGAUUCCUUGUGCAGCGGUGGACAGUGUCGAAAUACACCCGGUAGUUUUCAGUGCAUCUGUCCGACGGGCAUGAGGUACAACACACAGAACCAAAUGUGCGAGGACGUGGACGAGUGCGAGGAGUUAGGACCAGACGUGUGCUUCAACGGUGUUUGCAUCAAUACUCCGGGAGCCUACGAGUGCGAGUGUUCUCCGGGGUACAUUCUAGACAACACUGGUCACAUUUGCAUGGACAAUCGAAAGGGUUCUUGUUGGACAAAGAUGAUAGACGGUCGCUGCGAGAACAACCUGCCAAAGUUGACGCUGCGCUCGGAAUGUUGCUGCUCAGUCGGAGUAGCCUGGGGCAGCCCUUGCGAGAUCUGUGACCAUUCCUUCUGCGAGUGUUCCAAGGGUUAUGCGAAGGUGGAUGGCAAGGGCUGCGCAGACAUCAAUGAAUGUGAGCUCAACAGCGGGAUUUGCAAGGGAGGCGGUACUUGCGUCAACACAGACGGCUCGUAUCGUUGCGAGUGUCCCCCUGGCCUCACUUUGGAUGCAACGCACACCACUUGCAUCGACACCAGGCAAGAAAUUUGCUUCUUGGACCAUCGUCAUGGGCAAUGCACCAGUCCCAUAGAGGGCCAUUUCUCUAAGAGUCUCUGCUGCUGUUCCGUAGGCCGCGCUUGGGGUAGCGAUAAAUGCGAACUGUGCCCUAAAAUGGGUACGCAGGCCCACGCCGAAUUGUGCCCACGUGGGGAUGGCUUCACUGAACGUCACGAUAUCAACGAGUGCAUUGAGUUUCCGGGCAUGUGUUUAAACGGUAGAUGCAAGAACACGAUCGGCAGUUACAGUUGCAGGUGCAAUCAAGGUUUCGCGCUUGAUGAGCAUGGCAUCAAGUGCAAUGACAUCGACGAGUGUGAGAUCUUGCGUGGAGUAUGCGGUAAUGGCACCUGCAGGAACACACCUGGUAAUUUCCAGUGCGACUGCAAUCCUGGCUAUCGUAGCAGUGACAUCAUGAAAAUCUGCAUGGACAUAAACGAGUGCGAAGAGACGCCAGGAUUGUGUCGCGGUGGCACCUGCAUCAAUACCGAAGGGAGCUUCAAUUGUCAGUGUCCUCCAGGACACGAGCUGGGACCCGACAAACAAUCUUGCAAGGACAUCGAUGAGUGCUCGAGAACCAGCGGUAUAUGUUCAAAUGGCGUCUGUGAGAAUAUGAUGGGUACCUAUCAAUGUAUAUGCGAUGAUGGCUACCAACAGACGGGCCUUAGAUCUCAUUGUGAGGACAUCAAUGAAUGCGCGGUUGGUAACGGUGGAUGCGAGGACAUUUGUCUGAACACGCCGGGCAGCUUCUCCUGUUCCUGCCGUACUGGUUAUGCUUUGAACCUGGACGGGCGAACUUGCGCGGACGUUGACGAAUGUAAAGAGAACCCUCGAAUCUGCAACGGAGGUAAAUGCCAAAAUAGACUGGGCGGCUACAUAUGCAACUGCACGAACGGUUUGUUGCCUGGAAGGGAGGGUAUAACCUGCAUAGAUGUCGACGAGUGCGCGACACAGCCGCGAAUAUGCGGAUUCGGCGAAUGCUACAACACAAUCGGCUCCUUCAACUGUCGUUGCGAGGAGGGAUACUCGGUGAAACCGGCGGAGGGACCAGCGUGUACCGACGACGACGAGUGCCGGUUGAACGCUUAUUCCUGUAGCGAGUUCGCCGAAUGCCAGAACACCCAGGGCUCGUACAUAUGCACCUGUCACGAGGGCUUCACCGGGAAUGGCAUAGAGUGCUGGGAUAUCAACGAGUGCUCCACGAACAAUGGCGGCUGCGACUCCAACGCACAUUGUAUCAACACCGAGGGUUCCUUCAAGUGCGUGUGCGAUGCUGGCUUUCGAGGCGACGGCUACAGCUGCAAAGACAUAGACGAGUGCACAGAGGACAACACGCUCUGCGAAAAUGGACACUGUCUGAACUACCCGGGCGCUUAUCGUUGCGAGUGUGAGAUGGGUUUCAUGCAUCCGGAUGAGCGUAAUGAACAGGCAUGCGUGGACAUCAAUGAGUGCGACAUGUUCAGCAAUCUCUGCGUCUUUGGUCACUGCGAGAACAUUUUCGGCAUGUUCCGCUGCGAGUGCAACGAGGGCUACAAACUCGAUGGUUCCGGCGGCAACUGCACCGACGUGGAUGAGUGCGAGAGCCCGCAGUCUUGCCAAUAUGGCACCUGCAUCAACACGCAGGGCAAAUAUAUCUGCAGAUGCCCACCACAUCAUGAACUGGUGGAAGCUGGGAAUGCCUGCGUCGACAGACGCGAAUCGCUUUGCUUCACUGGCCACGAGCAUGGUACUGGACGACCCCAAUGCAUCUUCGAAGUGGCAUCAUCAGUGACGAAGGCAACAUGUUGCUGCAGCAUUGGCACCGCCUGGGGCAAUCGUUGCGAGGAGUGUCCGGAAAUCGGCACGAAAGAAUACGAUCAACUGUGUCCCAGUGGGCCGGGAUACAGACCGAAUCGCGUAACCGUUAUUCUGGAAGAUAUCAAUGAGUGCGAGGAGCACGAGAAUAUCUGCCAAAAUGGACACUGCACCAACACAUUCGGUAGUUUCAUGUGCUCCUGCAAUGAAGGCUUCAUCCUGGAUCAAUCUAAGACUAAUUGCAUUGAUAUAAACGAAUGCGCGUUACAUCCACGAAUAUGUGGCGUAGGACACUGCAUCAACGAUCAAGGGAAAUACCAUUGUGAGUGUCCCGAAGGAUAUAUGGCGAUGCCUGGAGGAAAGGAGUGCGUAGACAUGAGGAAGGAAGCCUGCUACCUUACAUAUGAAUCUGGACAGUGCCUUAAUCCCAUGGUACAACCACAGACAAAGAUGUUGUGCUGCUGUUCCAUGGGAGCAGCAUGGGGCAUCCUCUGUGAGAAGUGUCCUGGUGAAAGAACCCGUGAACAUGAGAUUCUCUGCGGAUUGGUGCCGGGUCAGAUCAUGAAUCCAAUCACGAAUCAUUCCGAGGAGAUUGACGAGUGUGCCCUGAUGCCAACAAUGUGUACUCACGGUCGUUGCAUGAAUACACCCGGCAGUUUCGAGUGUCAAUGCGAUCGUGGCUUUAUUUACGACCAGGACUCGCAUCAGUGUAUUGACGAGAACGAGUGUCAACAGAUACCGAAUCCCUGCAGCGGAAACGCGCAGUGCAUUAACCAGCAGGGCUACUUUGAAUGCGGAUGUCCGGCCGGCUACAAACUCGGACUCAGUCAGCAUGAUUGCGUUGACAUCGACGAAUGUUACGAGCGAUCAGGCAUCUGCAGCAACGGCGCGUGCAACAAUCUGCAAGGUGGCUUUCAGUGCAUCUGCCACUCUGGAUUUUCGUUGACUCGCGACAGGGACAAUUGCGUUGACAUUGACGAAUGCCAACGCAAUCCAAAUAUAUGCAACAACGGGACUUGUAUCAAUACCUUGGGUUCCUACAAAUGCCAGUGCUACCAAGGAUUCAAGCUGAGUCCGAAUAACGACUGUGCGGAUAUUAACGAAUGUCGAAUCAUGCCGUUUUUGUGCCGCAACGGCCGAUGUCGGAACACGAUCGGCGGUUUUGUUUGCGAGUGUGCGGACGGUUACGUGUUGGCGCAAGAUGGCCAGCACUGUCGCGAUAUUGAUGAGUGUCAUGAGAUACCGGGAUUAUGUCCAUCUCCAGGAAAAUGUCAGAAUUUAAUGGGAUCUUACAUAUGCACCUGUCCACUAGGAUACGAACUGGAUCAUUCGAGAAGGAAAUGCGUUGACGUAGACGAGUGCGUGGAGACGAGAGAUAUUUGCGAGAAUGGACGAUGCAUCAAUACAGAAGGUGGAGUAAUUUGCGAGUGUCCAGUCGGAUAUCGAUUAAGCGAGAGACCAAAUUCACUGAGGUGCAUCGAUGUAAGGGAGGAUCAAUGCUACGAUAAUUAUAGAGGAGGCCAAUGCACCUUCCCACGGGAGGGUGGGAUGACCAGGAAGCACUGUUGUUGCACGAUGGGCAAGGCUUGGGGCCGUCAUUGCGAGCAGUGUCCGCCCGAAAAUAGUGAUGAGUUCAAGAGAAUGUGUCCGGAAGGACCAGGGCGAGAUGAUACUGGAAUCGAUUUGAACGAAUGUUUAUUUAUGCCGGAUGCUUGUUCUGGUGGCGAGUGCAUCAACACGGACGGCUCAUUCCGAUGCGAGUGCCCGACCGGAUACGUGUUGGAUGAAACUGGAAGGCGAUGUGUGGACGUUAACGAGUGCCUGACUGUGCAGAAUAUCUGCGGCAAUGGCACUUGCCGCAACAUCGACGGUGGUUUUGAGUGCUCUUGCAAUGACGGAUACGCGCCCGGGGCUCAUCAGACAUGCGAAGAUGUAAAUGAGUGUUUGGAGCUGGGCAAUCAGUGUGCCUUCCGAUGCCACAACGUUCCAGGUUCCUUUCGAUGUAUCUGCCCUUAUGGAUACACCCUGUCACCUGACGGCCGCCAUUGCGUAGAUGUCGACGAAUGCACGACGCCGGCGAACGACUGCAAAUAUCAGUGCAAAAAUCUGAUUGGCACCUUCAUGUGCAUCUGUCCGCCUGGCUACCAAAAGAUAGGGAUGGCGGACGAGUGCAAGGAUAUCAACGAAUGCGCCAUUAACUCCGGCCUUUGUCAGCACGGUCGUUGCGUUAAUUUAGAAGGGAGCUACGAGUGUCUCUGCUUCGACGGUUUCGAGGAAAGCGCGGAUGGAAAGUCGUGUAUCGACCGAAGGGUCGGCUAUUGCUUCCUGCGAACGAUCGCCGGCAGAUGCAUCUCCAGAACCUCGGAACAGCUCACGGUUACGAAGGCGGGCUGUUGCUGCACCAUGGGAGCAGCCUGGGGACCACAUUGCGAAAUCUGUCCAUCCAGAGACUCCGACAAUUAUAAUGAGCUCUGCCUAGAUAAAGGCUUCUCCGUGGAUGGACAAGAUAUUGACGAGUGCAAAACCAUACCUGAUCUCUGCAGGAAUGGCAUUUGCAUCAACACACUCGGAUCCUACAGGUGCAUCUGCAAUAAAGGCUAUAAAGCCGAUGAAACUGGUUUUCGAUGUAUUGACGUUAACGAAUGCGAAUUAACGCCAAAACCAUGCAAGUACAAUUGCCAGAACACCCAGGGCAGUUUUAUUUGCUCAUGCCCGUCGGGUUUCAUCCUAAAUCCCGAUGGUAUCAGCUGCAGAGAUUUGGAUGAGUGCGCAACUGGAAAUCAUCUGUGCCAACAGAACUGCAUAAAUACACCAGGAAGUUACACUUGCGACUGUCAAGAAGGCUACACCCAACAGGGAGAUGCGUGCCAUGAUAUAAACGAAUGCAAUCAACCAGGCAUUUGUCCGAAACCUGGCAAAUGCAUUAAUACCUUGGGAAGUUACCAAUGCAUUUGUCCGAGAGGUUUCAAAUUAGAUCAUACCGGACGAUUCUGCACAGAUCACAAUGAAUGUGCUGACGAUGCUAAUUGCGAACAUGGUUGCCAGAAUCUCAUGGGAACUUACCGUUGCGGGUGUCCGGACGGCUUUGUACAACACCUUUAUCAUAAUCAAUGUAUAGAUGAAAACGAAUGUAGUUCGUCACCUUGCGGAGACACUGCUUGUAUUAAUACUAUUGGUAGUUAUAAAUGCGGAUGUCCAGAUGGAUAUCAGUUCGACAAUAAUUUGGCAAUUUGCGUGCAGGUUGGCGCAGGAUGUCUUGGAAGUCCGUGCGCUUUUGGAUGUACUCCCAACGGAGCUAGUGGAUUUAUUUGCGGCUGCCCGACUGGUUAUCAGCGGAUAGGACAGGGUCACUGCCUGUCUACCAUUAAUCCAUCGCAUCCAGGACGUUAUGACGAGGAUAUUGGCAACGUGCCGACGUUCCAAAUCAAUCCUGAUCCUUAUCAUAUACCGCCGGCUGAUGAUAAAACAAUUUCCACGGAAGGCUGUUUCUCGUGCAAGGUAAACGGAAAAGAACGGCACAGAAGAGGCGCCAGGAAUAAAUCGAUGAAUGGAAGAAUUCGGACGAGAAGAGGCGAGUUGAAAAAGAAACGUCGGAACGCCCGGCCGAAAAGACAUCAUCACGGAAUUGAACACGUGCUCAAGAUCAAUCUGCGUCAGACGAGACAUCGAACGCGGAUAAUUAAACUGCAAUCCGCUAUCGAGGACGAGAAUGUGGACUAUACCAUUGCGAAAGGCAAUCAGGACGGACACUUCGAGAUUGUCAGGGAACGCGGUAUUUCCGCCCUGCACUUCCGACAUCGGUUGAAGAGUCCCGGCGAGUUUCACUUAGUUAUCCACGGUCGGCCCAAAAACGCGACGGCAACGAGAACAGAAUGGGAAAAGCCUCUGACGUUCAUGGUCCGUCUCAUAGUCACGGAAUAAGAUUGUCGGAGGAAAAAUCCAAAAUAAUAGAAUUGCGUGAGAAAAUCACUGCCCGACAACACUGCGUAACGCUUUCUCUUAGUCAAUUUUGCGUAAUUAUCUCGAGCUACGGUAAAGUAUUAAAAGCACCAACGUACGUAAGAAAGGGACGCGAAUAAAGAAUGGCACGUAAAAGCCGAAAAUCGGUAACAUAGUACGUCCUUCUUUCGGACAGUUUGGAAUUUUUUAAAUAGAAUAACGAUUAUUACGAAGAUAGUGGAGCGCCUUGACCUUCUGUGUUCAAUUGCGUGCGGAUUGCAUUAUUUAACUGCCAGAUAAUAAAUAUAUUAUUUUACAAGUGA